CCUCCGGCGGUUCGCGGCGCAGCGGGACGAUUGCUUGGUGCGGCUGCGUCGAGGAGACGAAGGCUCGGGAGGAGGUGCGACUGCGGGACGCGAUGACCGAGAAACAAACGGCUGCGGAGGAGAUCAUAACAGAUGCCAUGGCUAAUCCUUCUCCAGCAAAGAGCAUGGGCGACCCCGGAAUCACGCCACUGUCUCCUUCACACACUCAGCAGGACGACACAGACGGCGUGGAGUCGCAGCAGUCCUUCGUGGUGGUGGUUGCCAUCGACUUUGGCACCACAUCCAGCGGUUACGCUUACGCCUUCACAAAGGAGCCGGAAUGCAUUCACACCAUGAGGCGUUGGGAAGGCGGCGACCCCGGCGUGUCCAAUCAGAAGACGCCAACCACGAUCCUGCUGACUCCCGACAGGAAGUUCCACAGUUUUGGCUACGCGGCUCGCGACUUCUACCACGACCUGGACCCCAGCGAGUCCAAACAGUGGCUCUACCUGGAGAAAUUCAAAAUGAAGCUCCACACCACCCCUAAUCUGUCCAUCAACACAGACCUUCACGCAGCCAAUGGGAAGCGAGUGAAAGCUCUGGACAUCUUUGCAUAUGCGUUGGCCUUCUUCAAGGAGCAAGCACUAAAGGAGCUGAGUGAUCAGAUGGGCGGUGACUUUGACAACAACGACGUGAGAUGGGUGAUCACGGUUCCCGCCAUCUGGAAAAUGCCUGCAAAGCAGUUCAUGAGGGAAGCUGCCUACAAGUCCGGUCUGGUGUCCCGUGAAAACCCAGAGCAGCUGAUCAUCGCCUUGGAGCCCGAGGCGGCAUCGAUCUACUGCCGCAAGCUCCGCCUCCACCAGAUGGUGGACCUGUGCACCCACACCACCCAGAACGGCUUCAGCCCCACCGACAACGGGGGGAGCGCAGCGAGCCAAGCCAAGGAGCAUGUUCGACGCAACCGGCAGAGCCGCACCUUUUUGGUGGAAAAUGUCAUAGGGGAGCUUUGGUCGGAGCUGGAAGAAGGCGACCGUUACGUCGUGGUGGACUGUGGCGGCGGCACGGUGGACCUGACUGUUCAUCAGAUCCGUCUUCCAGAGGGGCACCUGAAGGAGCUCUACAAGGCCUCAGGCGGCCCCUACGGCUCGAUCGGGAUCGACUACGAAUUCGAGAAGCUGCUGUGUAGGAUCUUCGGUCAGGACUUCAUCGACCAAUUCAAGAUCAAGAGGCCGGCGGCCUGGGUGGACCUGAUGAUUGCGUUCGAGUCUCGCAAGAGAGCGGCGGCCCCCGAGCGAACCAACCCCCUCAACAUUAACCUGCCUUUCUCCUUCAUCGACUACUACAAGAAGUUCAGGGGCCACAGCGUGGAGCACGCCCUGCGCAAGAGCAAUGUGGAUUUUGUAAAAUGGUCGUCUCAGGGGAUGCUGAGGAUGAGUCCAGAUGCUAUGAAUUCCCUCUUCAAGCCAACCAUAGAUCACAUUAUCCAACAUCUCACCGAGCUCUUUGAGAAGCCAGAGGUGUGCAACAUUAAGUUCCUGUUCCUAGUGGGGGGUUUUGCCGAGUCACCCCUGCUGCAGCAGGCCGUCCAGAACAUGCUGCAGGGCCGCAGCCGCAUCAUCAUCCCCCACGACGUCGGCCUCACCAUCCUGAAAGGCGCCGUGCUGUUCGGCCUGGACCCCAGCGUCAUCAAGGUCCGCCGCUCGCCCCUGACGUACGGCGUGGGCGUCCUCAAUCGCUUCGUGGAGGGCAAGCACCCGCCGGAGAAGCUGCUGGUGAAGGACGGCACCCGGUGGUGCACUGACGUUUUCGACACCUUCAUCGCCGCCGACCAGUCCGUGGCGCUGGGCGAGAACGUGAAGCGGAGCUACACGCCGGCCAAGCCCUCGCAGCAGGUUAUCGUCAUCCACGUCUAUUGUUCCGAGAAAGAGAGCGUGGGGUUCAUCAGCGAGCCCGGCGUCAGGAAGUGCGGAACACUCCGCUUGGAUGUGAGCGGAACGGAAAGCGCGGCACCGCGGCGCGAGAUCCAGACGCUCAUGCAGUUUGGAGACACGGAGAUCCGGGCCAUGGCAGUGGACGUGUCCACCGGACGCACUGUCAAAGCUAGCAUUGACUUCCUGAGCCACUAGAGCCACGAUAGAGCUAAUGUAACAGAAUUGAUGGAAGGAAUUGAAAUGGAAAAAAAUACAGCUUACACACAUACACAUAUACACACUCAGACACAACAAGCUGGGGAUAUUUACUGGAAAGUGGUAAAUGAUGAGGAAUCUCGAGGGCUCAUUCACUCUGAGUGUAAGAGGCAGGAAGUUUGAAAGUCUUAAACGCGAGCUGACAUUCAACUGUAGAAAAGUGUGUUUUAGGUCCGUCUCUUGACUCCGUCCCAGUCGUCGUUUUUGUUUUGUGUUGCUGACGAGCUCCACAGUGUUCACACACUCACAACAGACCCACAGCUUCGUAGUCAGGUUUAAGAGCUUAUGACGGCUUUUCCUAUCUUCUCUGUGCAUUCCAGAGAAAAUAUAAUAUUCUGAUAUCCUACACAACCGUUAUGGAUACACAUCAUUACACGUUGCAGCAGAUCAUUGUAGUGAGGCUGCUGACAUCUGCCGUCUGGUGGCUUCACAUAGCGUACGUGCAUCACACAACAUGUUGUGUGAUUAAAAAGUAUAGUGAGGUCACAAUAACUGGUUCUGGUCAUGGUUAAAUAUUAAAUCUUCCCCACUUCACGGCAGUCCUGAGGAUCAUUCCAGGGGUUUUGCAUGAUUCAGCGCUUUAAAGCAUCGAGCUGCUGCCACCAACUAACCAUUUUAUCAAAGACUGAUCACCACGUUGUCAGCAAUCGUAAUCCUCUGCAGUGAAUAUGGAGUCAGCAUAUUAUUUUUUUUUAUUGUCAAAGUUAUGUUAUUACAUGUUAGUAAUAUUGCAAAAGCUUAGACGGUUAACAUCACUAUUCACAUCUGGGGACAUGAAGCGAGCAACAUUAGCGUUAAUGUUUACUCUCCUUUAAGCUCUGCUUUGGUCUCCACCUUCUCCUGGGAAACAUUUAUUACCCACAAAGGAAAUUGUGGGUAAUAAAUCCAAAGCAAUGUGCUGAAAGAUGCUAAAAUCCCCUGUAGAGGAUUCACUUUAUUGUUGACACAAAAAAUAGUUUAAGAUAUUUGGUUAAUUGGGAAGUUAUGUACAGGUAGAAGAAGACAUUUCUACAGAUUCAUAUUAUCCACGUUCAGCAGAUACAUACUUGUUGUAGACCCCAUCGAGCAUCAGAUUUGUAAACUGAAGCCAAAUUUAAAAAAUCAAACAAAUAUCUGAUUCAUAAUCAACUGGCCAAAUCAUGCAAAGCCGCCAGUCUGGUCCCUCCUUCAAGAUGAUCCACACAUUCCAAGAAUGUGGAACGUGCCGGGAGCUCAGUCGGAAAAAAAUCAAGUGCAGUUCAUCACACGUGCUUAACCGUUGCCUUUUAUUUCUUUUAUGCUUCUAGACUAUUAGAUGUGGACAAGAUGCCACUAGGUCACUUGAAUAUUUUGAAGCCAGGUGUGUGUGUAACUCCGGUCGGGACAAAACGAUGAAGUGUGUUUAUUUCUGUAAAUACAGUAUUUAAAUAUUGUACAGAUUUUUAGCAUUAUUUCUGCAGCUUUAGAGCCAAGAGUGUGUGUGUGUGUCUGUGUGCGUGCUUGCGCGCGUGUGCGUGUGUGUGCGUGCUUUCACAUGGUCCACGUUUUAUUUUCCUCACCAGUCAUUGCAUGAGAGGCUAAGGCACGUUCGAUUUGCCUUGUUCAUCCAGAACGAGAGAUGUGAUGCGUCGCCUGUUACCUUUUUUUUGCAAACGUGAAAGAAACUUGAAUACCUCCGUCCUUAAAAAAAAAAGUAUUUCCGUUUUGAAAUCAGCCGUAUCUGAAUGUGUCCAGUCCCCUUUCCCCCGCUCCGCCCUGCAGCACAGCUUGGCUGUGGGGAUUUUCAUCUUCAUUCUUUAGAUAUCUAGCGACCUAAUAUCUCCAACCGAACACGAGCCAUCUGAUUUAUUAGAGGUGGUUGUUUCUGUGUUAAAGCUGAAGCACCGUCAGCAAUAAUCAUACAAGUAAGCAGCCACGUUUCCAGGUGGCUAUGGAAGGUAUAAGUCUUCAAUAAAAGAGUGCCUAGUGUCAAUAACAAUGUGAUGUCGACGUUCACUCACCCCACCAGAAAUAUACGGCGCAGUCCGUCGCUCCCCCAACAAAAUACUUAAGCUUUAUAUAUAUGUGUGACUUCAGACGUGAUCACUGAGAAUCACACUGAUUGUGAGUUCAUCGAAGGCCACACGCCGACAUGUUCAUCUCACGUCCUCGUGAGAGAAAAAGAAACACGUGUGUUAAAGGGGCAUUACUGCGAGUUCUCGCUGAUCUUUAUCGCCCCCUGCUGGCAGCCACGAGAAACCGCAGAAACGCCGGAGGAAAACCUCGUUUCCAGCUCGGCGAUGUUGCGACUACGUCAUGCUGCGGGCCUUUGUCAUUCGGCAGAGCAGCAUUACACGAAACGGAAAGGGGGAAGGUGGUAGAGUCCUCCAUAUUUUGUCCCUGCAGGGUCACAACA